AUGGCGGUUGCCGACGGUUGGAAAUCGUCCCAACCUCGUCCCCAGGGUCUUCUCCACUUCUCAAAGGGUAGUGCCCUGGAGACAAGCUUCUUCAUUUCCUCUCAAACUCCACAGGCGCAGCUGACUCUUACUUCAAAGAACUGUGACUUUAUGAAGAACUUCACAGACACUUCCCUCCAUGUUUACUUUGCUGGUAACCUCAGGAUUAAUAAUUGCGACGGCUGCUGUAGUCGUUGGUAUUUCACCUUCAAUGACGCCGAGUGCAGCUCUCCUGGCCCCAUUGACGGUGCGUUCUACAUGCAAACCGGCAAUAACCACAAUCUUCACCGUCACCGCCAUAUUGAAGGUCACUGUAAUAACAUCCACAAGGGAAAGGUGCGAGUGGGAUUCUGGGUUGGAAAGUGUGCCACUGGCCAUGACAGUGCUGACGCAAGCACAGGCUGGGCGACGAUGUCCCGGAUCUUCGUUGACGAAGUGGCCAAAGCUCAGCAGUAA